AUGGAAGGAAACCUCAAUUAUGAGGUACGGACAAAAAAAGUGCCCAGAAAGCGACGCUGGUACACCCGCCUGUGGCGUUGUUGUCUGUGCUGUAGUUGCAGGAAACCUCCGGAAGAGAACAAAUUUGUUCUGUAUAGGAUUGGAUAUGACCCAAUAGGUCCACUGCAACAAGCAGCUGGUGUUGGGGACCUGGAUACACUGCAGAGAUUAAUCCACUCCAAUGAACACCAUGUGGAUGAGUGUGAUAGAAGAAACAGGACAUCCAUACACUAUGCAUGUGCCCACAACCAUCCUGAAGCAGUGAUACUGUUACUAGAAAACGAAUCCAAUAUUAACAUCCAGGAUGAUGAAGGCAGCACACCCCUGAUCAAGGCCACCCAGCAAGAAAAUGUGGAUUGUGUUUCUGUAUUGCUGGCCCACGAUGCUGAUGCAAACCUGAUAGAUGCCACUGGGAAUACAGCUUUCCACCACGCUGUAUCCAGGGGUAACAUACCAAUUGCACAAAUGAUCCUUGAGCACGACGUAGAUUUUGAAGCCAAAAAUCGGUUUGGCAUAACGCCCAUCGAACUUGCAGAUUUUAAUAAUAAACGUGAAAUGGUACAAUUUUUAGAAACAUAUUAUGAAAAUGCACGAAUGUUAAACAGGAGUGGUGAGGUGGGCUACCUUUGUUUGGACAUUGGAAGUCAGGGGACAGUGUAUGUCUCUGGGAAACUGGGCAGAGCAUUCGAGGUGAAGAGGUCUAACUUGGAUGUUCCUGCUGCAGAAGACCUGCUGAAGUUGGAUUUAAUUAUGGACAGAGAACGGAACUCAGGUGAUGCCUUGCAGUAG